UUUGAUAUGUCCAUGGCAACCAUAUUUUUAAAAAAAUUAUAUAUGUAUAAAAAUUAAUUCACAUUCUGAACAAUGUACAACACUAUAGAUAGAGGGAAAACAAUGUUGUUUCUUUGUAAAUGUUAAAAUGAUAUUUAGAUCAUUUACCUAUACCUUAUAAACAUUUUAUAAUUGCUUUUUUCACCACAAAGUUUCUUAUAUUUUGAACGUAAUUUCAGUUAAUUAUAUUGGAAGUAUAAAAAAUGUGAUACCAUAACAUUUCUGAAAAAAAAACCUUUUUUAAGAAUUUCUUUUUCAUCUGCAACAUCGAUUGACUUUAAAUAUAUAUUAUUACCAAAUUAUGUUAAAAAUGAUAUACUAUCAUUUAAGAGGAAUACAAGUAAUUUGAAAAUGACUCUGGACUUUCCAUGUAUGAAAACGCGAGUUAUGUCGAAAAAUUUGUUUCCAAAAUGCAUUUUUUUAUAUGAAAAUAUAUCUAUGAAUAUUUAUUUAAAUACUAAUAUAUUUAUAACCGUUAACGUCAUUUCAUAUGCCAUAAUUAGCUGUCGCUGACAUAAAUUUACAUCUUUCCACAAGUUAUAGCUAGUUACCAAUGACGUAUUACGUCAUUCUGUUACGCUUGUCGUAGAACAAUCUAAAAAAAAUAUUAUAUAACUUAAAACUAUUCAACCUUUAUUUUGUGUCUUUUUUUCCAUUUUCAGUGAACCAUUUCAAAUAUGUUCAAUAAUAAAAUUCGACCGUUACAUGUUAACGAAAAAUUCGUUUUAAAUCGCAGUGCUUCAUCAACUAAGAUCAAUAGCGCAGCUGAAUUAUAACAGCUUCGUAUGCGUACAACCUGUGUUCGAUUUCCGAUUAUGGUUAAAAAUUUUUUCCUAAAAUUUAUAAUUUUUAUAGAAAAAGUAAUAGUUGGCAAUAAUUCACUUUGCAUUAAAAUCUUUAAUAUUCUGAAUUACUAUUAUAUAUUUUUCAUCGCAUAUAUUACAUAUAUUAUUAAACCAAAAGUUUUCACUAGUAUUUGAUUUAUGAAAAUUAUACUAUUAAUUUCAUUAGAGUUGUUUUUUUGUACUGUGGAGCAUUAUAUUUCCAAGGAAAAAUUAAAUCACAUAAAAAAGCAACCAUAGCAAAAAUAAAAUUAUUUCUCAUUUACGCGGCUGUGAUCAUUCAACGUAUUAUCAGUCCAAAACAUGAACUUCAUUUUGAAGUGCCUCGUAAAUGGACGAGUGCCUGCACUUACGUCUCUAUGUGAUUUAGAAACUAGCUGACCGGUAAUACUUUCGACAAAAAUUUCGUUAAAAGCGAUGCGUAAUAUAUCAUGUGAUCCACUUGUUACACUGCGACACAGUGUUUUCGACUCCGUGACUAUAAGUGGGGAUAGCCCAAACUGUUCAGGAGUACUGUUAGUCGUACUUAGUCGUACGUUGAACAGACAAUACAGUAUUCCCUCUUUAAUGUCGCGUUUUGUCGCUCCCCAUAGCGUCUCGUCGCUAUCAUCGUCAUUCAAUGAGCCAAACCAGCAGUGAUCUCCUCUUCUUUGCCGGCAAAACAGAAGCAAGUCGCCAGCAAAUGAAAACGAUCGCGGUACAGCAUCCAUUGCUUUGUAAUGUCUCGUUUUGGCAUCAAGUGGCGGGGCCGAAUGAGGGGCAUACUAUAUUCUACAUCUUUUCAAUAUGAAACUAGGCAUAAUGGUGGAGAGUUUUAACCCUUGUGUCCUGCAAUGGGUCGGGCAUGGAGAAUACGUUACACAAAAAUUUAGUGAACUGUUGGCACGUCAAACACUUGUUGAUGUUACGCUCGUCUGUGAAGAACAAAAGCUUCGUGUUCACAAACUGGUCUUAGCGUCAAAUAGUACAUACUUCGAGGUCGUACACAAUUUACAUACAGUAAAGAAAGCCUUAAAUAUUGGAUUUUCGUUAUUUAUGUGCAAGCAUUUGAAGAUACCAUGUUUGAUGGACAUUCUUUUCACAGCUUACGAAGAACAUGUAUGCUGUGUAAAGGAGAUUCUACAACAAGAUUUGGGUCAGGAACAAAUAAUAUUUCUAAAAGAUCUUAAUUUUGAAAUCCUGAAGGCCAUGGUUAAAUUCAUGUACUGUGGAGAAACUACAAUUCCUCAUCAAUUGUUGUCGCCGUUAUUAAAUGCCGCAAAAACUUUUAAGGUUGAGGAAUUGACAUCUGUGAUUGAUGCAAUGAUGACUUCUUGUAUUGAAAAUAUUAAAGAUAAUGGAAAUAUUGAAAAGAAAGAUACGAAAUCAAUGUUUAAAAAUAAUAAAUGCAAUAACAUAGAUUGCAUGCGUGUAAAGAGUGAUGAACUUGUUAAAGACGAAUGUUUUUCAAUUUGUAAUAAAAGCAAUAAUGAUACUCACUCUAGGGAAAAUAGAUCCUUGGAAAAUAAUGCUAUCGCUGAUGUUUCCGGGCAUGAGAUAGAACAUAUGUUGUAUGAAGAUUCACAAGACCUUCAUACCAAUACAGAACAAACUAACACAUCGUUUGCAAUAUCAGACUGUGUUUCCUCAAUGAAAAACCAAAAUUUAAGCUCCUUGAUGAAUUGUAAAAUAAAAGAAGUAUCAAAAGGGUAUUCUGAAAAUAGUAUAAUAAAUAGUGAUGUAUUAUGUUCAAGUACUACAUUAAAACCUAUAUUAUAUGAACAAUGCUGUGAUCUCUCAGAUAUUGAGGAAUGCGAAGAAAACUCUACGUCACUGUCGCAAACUUGCCUUCAAGAAAUUGAAAAAGAUUUUGCACAAUAUACCUUUGAAGGUAGCGAUGUUCCUAAUAAAAUAGGAAAAUGCAUAAAAGUAUAUACUCAUAAGAGACGUAAGUCUAUAGAUGAAAUAAAAACAAAACUUUCAGAUGUGAAUAAUGUAAUACAAAAUCCCCCAUCUACUGACUGUAUAGAUUUAUUAGAUGAACCGUCCACUAAUGAUAUACCAGUUACUCUUUUAACCUCAUUAGACAUGGAAAGUGCUGAGUAUAUUAUAAGUUUAAGUACUGAAAAUAUUCAGUCUAUAGUGGGAGCUAGAUUAAAUGAGCAGCAUAAAUUAAAUAUAUGUAAAAAAAGAUUUCAACAUAUUGUUGGAUACAGUGAUCGAAAAGAUAAUAUAAAUAAAAAGGAAUUAAAUACAGAUGACUCCACGAAUUCUAGUUGUAUAAAACCAAUCUUACGGAGAAGUUUACGAUUAAACCAGCAGGACAUAGACGAAACUGCGAAUAAUAAUGAAAUCCCUAAGGAACAUCAUGGAAGAGAAAAACAUUUAAAAAAAUCUAAUUCUCCAAAUAAGCUGGAAUUAUCCGCGAAACGGAAACGUAAAGUAAAAGAUGCAGACUGUAAGAUUUCAGAACAAGGUAAUAGCAAUAUUAUCCAUUCAAAUAAGAAAACAUUUAACAAUUCUCGUAAAAACACAUCAAAAUUAAUUGAAAAGAAAAACCAUAAGCCACAAUGUGUAACGACUAAUAAAGAAAAAGAGGAGCAAUCAGUUAAAGUAACAAAUAGAUUGAAGUGUGACAUAACAGAAACAACAGAAAUGGAUUCUAUUUUCACAUUGCCGAAGUCAAAUACGAUGGAACAUAUUAAUCGAGCAUUGUGGGGAGACAUGUCAGACUUUUCGGAGAAUUGUGAAAGUAGAUUGGAUUUAGACGAAUAUACACCAAAUACAGAAAUUCCAUUUGCUGUAGGCCUGUUGCCUUUGCGUACUGCUCUUGAAAAAAUGCAAGCAACGCCAGAUUAUCAACCUCGUAAAACUCGUUCAUCAGUUGCCCCGAUAAAACAUGAAGCUAAUUGCCUUAAACGGAAAAAUUGUACAUAUUCGGAUAAAGUUACUUCCUCUAAAAGACAGAAUACCUACAUUAGUGAUCCGAAGGAAAAUGCGAAAACAGUUUGCCAUAUCGAAAUUAGAGCAGCUCCGUCACAGUACAUACGAAAUCGGAAAAAGUAUUUUACAACAGAUGUUGCUACGUUAGAGCCAUCCGCUAUUAUGAAUAAACAGUGACAAACGUUAAGUUUUGUACAAACAGAAAUUUUUAUUUAAGCUUAACACAUUUACAGUCCACUGUCCCAUGUGUGAGUCACGGGGACCUGAUUAAAGAGUAUAUUUACAUUUAGUCUCGAACUGUAAAUGUAUUAACUUAAGAGGUCAAAUACUUAUUGGAUUUUUUUAUUUUUAGAAACGCAUAUUUUUAAUACAAAAAUAUUUGUACAUACAGAGUAACAUAAAUGAGAAUAGUGUAAAAUGUAGUUUAUGCCUACUUAUAAGGGAAGUUAUCGAAUUUAGAAAUUAUAAAAAUUAUGAAGCUUCAUGUGUAAAUAGAGUAAGUCAAGUCUAAUAUGUUGCAAUUUUUGUUCGUGCUGAAUUUCACUUUGAAGGGCGAAACCAUCCCUUGAAGAAAAUAAAAUUUUUCUAAAUACCCCCACCAUCAACCCGAAAAAUUUUAUUUUGCAAUUUUAUAGACGUGAAAGAAUAAUGUAUUUUUUUUAACUUUAUUAUCUCUUAUCGUUCUCAACAUAAUCCACGGGAAAGAAAAAUUUCCAUUUUUUUCAAGGGGUGGUUUCAGUCCUUCAGAGUGAGAUUUGGUAUGAAAAAAAUUGCAACGUAUUAGGCUUGACUUAUUCUACGUAUACACAAAUUUUCAUAACUUUUUUAAUUUCCAGAUUCAAUAACUUUCCAUGUUAGAUGAAAUUAUAUAAUUGACCUCUUGAUUUUUGAAUGCAUUAUCAUAUCUUUUUAACUCUGGGCAUAAUUUUGUUUUAUGUGAAAUACAUUGUGUAUAUAUUACAGAGUACAAAAAAGAUGAAUGUUAGUUUCUUUAUUAAGGUGAAAAGUACUAAUAUGAAAUAAUUAUAAAGUAAAAAUAAUGUUUCUUACAAUUUUUAUAUCUAAAACUUGAAAUCAUUUUAAUGCUUUGAAAAAGCAACAAAAUAAGUUAAAUACAAAUCAAGUGAAACUUAUUUCUGUAAUAUCAUUAUUUUUUGACAGAAGUGUUUGAAAGUUUUAUACAUGUAUGCAUAAUUUAUCUAUACGUAUUAAAUUAUGUACACAAUGAUUUAUUUGUAAAGUAAGUUUAUUUUUUAUUUAAAUAUAUUGUAAAUAAAUAUUAAAAAUUGUUAUUUUUGUUACACUAUAGUACAAACGUAAAUCAACUUUUGAAAUAGUUUAUGAGAAAAUAUAUACAUCUCAUUUACUGAAGUAUAAGUGCUCUAAUAUUCUAUGUUGCAAUUUGUUACUGGAUGACAUUAGGAGGUCUUAUAUUUGAUUUAUUUAUCACUUUCAGUCAACUGUGUAUAAUACUAUGUUUUAGGUAUAAAAAAUAAUUAUGAAAGAACAUAAAUGUAAUUAAAAGUCAAUGUAAUAAUACAUACUGUAAUAGCAUUAAUUGUGAAACUAUAAGUUUCUAACUAUGCAUAAUAUAAGAAAUUUGAACUUGCAAAAUAUUUUCUGUAUAUUCACUUCUAGUAUUUUUUUAAAGGAAGCAGUUACUGCUCAAUAUAAUAUAAGUGGAUUGUUUAUUAUAAUA